AUGUCGACAACUUUUUUAAAGAAAUAUAAAGUUUUAAGUCAAAUUGGAGAAGGAUCUUUUUCUGAGGUAUUAAAAUGUCAGGAACGAGAAACAGGAAAUUUAUUUGCAGCCAAAAGGCUCAAAAAAGAUUAUCAUUCUUUGGCGGAAGUUACGGAAAGUCCGGAAGUGAUUGCAAUGAGAAAAUUAAGCCAUCAUCCAAAUAUAUUACACAUAAUAGAAUUCCACGUAGAUCCCAUUCCAGGAAAAGUUACAUUCAUUUUCGAAUUAAUGGAAAUGAGUUUAUACGAUAUGAUGAAAAAUAGAAAGAGACCUUUACCGGAACUAAGAGUUAAAAGAUAUUUAUAUCAAUUAUUAAAAGGAUUAGAUCAUCUCCAUCAUCAUGGAAUUUUCCAUAGAGAUAUUAAACCGGAAAAUAUACUUAUAAAGAACGAAAUAAUUAAAUUAGCCGAUUUGGGUUCGAUAAGAGGAGCCUACAGUCGACCACCUUAUACCGAAUAUAUAUCGACGAGAUGGUACAGAUCUCCGGAAUGUUUAUUAACAACCGGAUAUUAUGGACCUAAAAUGGAUGUCUGGGCUUGUGGUUGCGUUUUUUACGAACUUUUAACAACGAAACCAUUAUUCCCAGGAACGAAUGAAGUAGAUCAAAUAACUAAAAUUCACGACGUUUUAGGAACACCCAAUACGAGACUAUUAGCUAAAUUUUAUCGUCACAAGUCCCGGAACUGUGAAUAUUUCUUUCAAGCUAAAACAGGCUCGGGACUCUCUUGUCUUUUAACAAAUCUCACCGAUAACGGGAGAGACAUACUUAAGCAAAUGUUAACAUACGAUCCGGAACAUAGGAUAAACGUUCGCAGACUUUUGGAACAUCGUUAUUUUAAUGAUUUGAGAGAGCAAGAGCCGAUUUUGUUGAAAAAGCCAGUUCCCGUUUCUCAAAGUUUUACAACGAAAGAAUGGAGGAAUCCUUUGCUAUUGAGCUUGAUAACGUCGGGCGAGAAAAAAAAGAAAACGAAAUUAUUGAAAAAGAGAACGGCACCUCAGAAAUCCUUGAAACAAAAUACGAUUUCAACUCAAUCUCUGAGAGGAGCAUCCACAUUGAUUUCCGGGUCGAGCGCGUCCAAAACGCUUCCUCUCCUAUGCAGCGGAAAUCAGGAGAAAUCCCUCGGAUCCAACUUGAGCAAAAUGGAAAAUUAUUCGAGUAAAAAAUUGGAUAAAUUAUUGGGAGCCGAAGAACAAUUGUCAAUGAGAUCGUGGGUCUCCAGCGGCAAAAUUUCACACACCGAAUCAAAGAGCGAAUCCCGGCCCAUGAAGCGAAAACCAUCAUCGCAACUUCCAAAAGUUUGUAAAGUCCAACAGCAAAGUUCAAAUGUCAACGUGCCUAGUUUCCAAGUGUACGAAUCUCAACCGAAAGAAUAUUUCGACUUUGGAAGCGUUACAUUGCCUAACAUUAAUCAAAGACGUUCGGAUCAUAUGGUUCAAAGGCGAUUGCAACAAAUAAAUAAUUAUUCGUCAAAAAUAAACGUUUUGACCACGAUUCCCGAAAGGGGUAAAACAUAUGGAGUUCGUGGAGAAUCUCCAAGUGAUUCCAGCAGCGCAGAAGGAAUUAUAAAGAAACCUAGGGGAAUGUAA